AUGCGAUUAACGAGCACUCUAGCAGCGGCUCAUUACCGCAUAGUGGUAAUGGGCGGAGGUGCGGCCGGAAUGGCGAUUUCGCAGCGUUUCAAAAAUUUGGUACCAAAAGGUCAAAUUGCGGAUCACUGGUUCCAAGGAGGUUUCACACUAGUGGCGGGUGGCAUGAAGACAUUGACCAGCUGCGUGAGGCCAACUCGAGCGCUGAUCGAUCCCGAAUCUGUGUGGAUUCAGCGAGCAGUGACUGAAAUGCAGCCACAACAUAAUUCAGUGAUACUUGACGAUGGCUCAGAGAUCAAGUACGAUGUGCUGGUGGUUACGCCAGGACUUGAACUUCGUUAUGAUAUGGUAGAAGGUUUACCCGAGGCGUUACAGCUCAAAGGAGUGAACAGUGUCUAUCUGCCACACUUAGCCCAAAAAACCAAUCAGGAACUGCAAGCGUUUCCCGGCGGGCAAGCAGUUUACACAUUCCCGAAUACACCAAUCAAAUGCGCUGGUGCGCCGCAGAAAAUCAUGUAUAUAUCCGAUGAAAUUUUUCGACAGCGAGGUGUCCGUGAUAAAAUCUCGAUCACCUACUGCACCUCAUUGGCCGGAGUGUUCGGCAUCAAGAAAUAUGCCGACGCGUUGAUGAAGGUCGUGCAACAAAAGCAGAUCAAGCUAAUGACUAGACGAAAUUUAAUUAAAGUGGAUCCGCUAACACAAACCGCUACAUUUGAGGUGCUCGACGAUAACGCUCAACCCACCAAGGAUAGGUUAACGCUUAAGUACGAUUUUCUGCAUGUGGCUCCACCGUGCUCACCCGUGAAACCGCUACGAGAGUGUCCUGGGUUGACAGAUGCAAAAGGUUGGCUGGACGUCGAUCCGGAGACUCUGUUGAGUAGGCAUUACCCGAAUGUGUUCGGAAUGGGCGAUUGUCUGAAUACGGGUAAUGCAAAAACGGCUGCAGCUGUUUCAAGUCAGCUGCGCGCAAUGAAUGUAAAUCUUCCGGCGUUGUUGAAAGGCAAACCGCUCACUGGAAAGUACGAUGGCUACGCGUCGUGCCCUCUUCUGGUUUCGAAGAGAGCCGUAGUCCUGGCCGAAUUUAACCCGGACGGUCCGUUGGAGACCAUCCCGUUCUGUGGUGCCCGACCCACCUACGUGGGCUACCUCCUCAAACGAUACUUCUUGCCGUUCCUCUACUGGAGAUUCCUGGUGAAAGGCUACUGGCUUGGCCCGAAAACUAUUCGGAAAAUCCUCCAUCUUGGUCUAGCGAAGUGA